AUGUUUUCGAAACAAGCGUCACGCCUCUUGACAAGAGCCGACAGACAGGCUCUCCACCUCCAAUGGCUGCGGAAUGGCCAACGUAAGCGGUGCUUUCAUGCUUCCAGCAGACACAGGGCAGCUGAGAGGAGCGACGAGCCAGGCACGUCUCCACCUCCAAAUGCGCCCAAACGAGGUCCGACGCGCCAGCAGCGUGCAGCAAUGAUCUCCGAGGAGGUCCAGAUGCUGCAGCGUGACCAUCCAUCACCGUCAUUUUCCGAGGCUGACCCGAACACUCUACGACCGGCUGGGGCAUCACAGACCGUUGAUCCAGGAGCAGUUGGUGAGGAUGUGCCAGCCAGGCGGAUGGGCGAGAACGAUACCACUACGCAAGAAGGGCCCCAGGCCCAGGGAGCGGCAAGAGUUGUCGCUGCUGAUGAGGAUGUACCGGACAGUACAGGAUUAGCUAGGGGCGUGCGAAGUCCCCACGAUGCUGUCGAGGAGCCUCAAGCGGGUGGAGCGGCAGUGUUGGACGGGAGAGAAGCUCAAGCACCUGUUGGCGAAGUGACCGAAGUACCCAGAUCUACGACACCGGCGCCUGCGCAGGCCAAUACAUCUCAGACUCCACACCAACCCGAGCCUAUCUCUGCCAACGACCUGCUGUUGAGCAAUUCUACACCAGCAACAAUGGCCGGCGCAGGGCCCGAAAGCAUUAUCAACGAACGCAUCAAUACCAUUGCCAAUGCGGGAAUGCUGGAUGAUACGCGCAGCAUUGGCUAUCUGGCACACAGGCUCAUGGAUGGGCAACUCGUGCGCUUCCACUCGAAGGAAGAGAAGGCAGCAGUAGAGGAGGCAGCAAAGAAGAUCGCCGAGGAGCGAACACGGGCUACCUACAAAGUCAGAGAGCGCUUCGACAACACCAAACAGCCUACACACAAGUUUGCACCACUGCCCAAGAGCGUACUUCAGGAGAUGGCCAACUCGAACGCAGCGGGUCGGUAUCGUGGUUACGGUCUUCUUCACGGGAAACGCGACAGCAGCAAGCGGCCAUUGCUCAACAACAUCUCGAGACUGGCGCUUCAAAAUGGUACCUAUCUACAGAACGAUCGUGUACGCUUCUUGGCCAAAGUCCGAAGUCUGCUUCCAAAGCCAGCGCCACCAAAGCAGAAAGCAAAGAAGGCCUAG